CAGCACUGCGGUGAGGCUUGUUGUGCUCCAGCCGCGGUGCUAACGCUUGUUUGCUAUGCUCAGAAACCCAGUUAGCAGCUCAUCUGAGCGGCGUAGUUUUUGACAUCUGGGCGGAUUUUGUUUUCAAAAAAAAAUAGUCCGGCCGGACUGUUUUUCUGUGUUGGGAGGAAAAAAAGGGGAGCGGUGCGGCGACACACCGCGAGCGAGAAACUUUUCCUCUAGAAAUGAAUACAACGCCAUAACUGUCGCCGGACAAAUAGUGAAAAGUGUGCCGUUCUUCGUCCUCGGACUGACACGUUUUCGUGCGGGGUUUUUCCUCCUCCUCCGCCCCUUCCUUUCUUUCUCACGGCCGUUAGGAUGAGUGCGUGUCUUGUUUUGCGGGCCUUCCCCUUGCACUUGUUUGCGGGGAGCUUUCUCGGUACUUUGUAACGCCGCCGUAGUAACGCGAACGUCAAAAGUUGCCGAGGCAGCGUUAGUUGUUUACGUCCCGGCGACUGCCACCGUCAGAUUGGCUGGACAAACUUAACUUUUGCGCGGUGUUUGUGGACGCGCGUGCCCGGGGAGCGGAUCCAUCUGGACGGGACACUGACUGAACACCGCCCGCGCGGGGAAUAUGGGUCGCCCGGGAGGGCAUUAGGGAGUCACUGGAGUAAAGUGGAAAAGUGCUGGAGUCACGCAACAAAAGACAGGAUGAGUGAGGGAGGCCCUGGCAGAGGAGGAAAAUAGAGCAAAGAGAAGAGGGGGAAGCAGGAAAAGACGAGCAAACCAAAAGCGCCAAGUGAAAACUCUGGGAUAAAUAAAUAAAAGGAGCUGUUUGGAGAAAAAUCAAGCUAGAUGAAAAGAUGAAACCGAUUAAAAAGCAGGGCCGGCGCUCUCCCCCCUCCACCCGGGCGAAAGGAGGGAAGCGUCGGGGGGCUGGGGAUACCUCAGAUGGAGGAGAGAAGAGAGAUUCGGACGAGAAUAGAGACACAAGCAGAUCCCCUUUGAACCAAAUUACAUCUUCCUCUUUUUCCUCUAGUUCACAGCCAGAGUCUUUUCCGUCAGACCUAAUGAGAGCGCGGGACAGUUCUGAGGGGGAGAGGCUACCAGAGUCGAUUGUAAUGGAUUCGGGAAAACUGUUGACAUCCUCAGAGGAAAGAUCUGCCAGGUCAACCUUAAGCAGCUGUGAAAGCGGCGGCAGUAGUUGUAGUAAUAGUAGUACACCGAGCGCCAACAACAGUCCAAACCCAUCCUCCAACCGAAAAACAGCCACCUUCAAGUCCCGUGUUCCCAAAAAGAAGUAUACAUCUGAACACUGCUCGUCAUCUACUGCCGGUCACCAUAGCAACCCCACCUCCUCUGUGACACCUCCUCCGUCUCUGAGCACUGGAGCCUUUAAUGAGGGGUCAACUGGUUCAGGGGUCGACAUUAGCAACUUGCAUUCUGACAGCAGCAGUCAGAGCAGGAGCCUAAUGGAUGACUUUCACCCUGCCUGUCCUGAGGCGGAUGGGCCUCGGGAUUCUGUAGGCCCACCUACUUUGUCACUUGUAGGAGAGAGGGCUGUAGGUAGUGAUGAGUUAACCGACAUAGAGAGAGUGUCCCCCAGCCCCCUGCCUCGGUGUUCUUCAACAGACACCGCCAGUGAGCACUCGGCUGAUCUGGAGGUUGUUGGUGACACGCGUGAUGUCUCCCAUUCAUCUGCACACUCAGUACCCAGUCUACCCAAUGCUCUAUCUGACGCCCUGGCCAAAGGACUAAAAAACCAGCGAAUCCUUGCCCGUCAGCGAAAGAGAAGAAGUAAUGAAGAGGCAGGAGGAGAAAUGAGGCACGACAAGAGGAGUUCAGACUUGGUGUUCGGGGCUGGGGUGGUACGGAGUGUCAGCGGUAAAUCAGGAACCUUGGAGGUGCAACUGAAUGGAGAGAAGAUGCUCUGCCGUUAUCCUUAUUGCCAUGACAGCCCCCCAGGGGUGGUGGACAUAAUUCUGGAUGCACCACCACCCGGUGCUCAUACAAUACCAAUUGGAACCCAUGUCUGUGUGCCAUUUAGAACUGAAGAUGGUAACGAGGGUCAGUGGCAGUGGUACAAAGAAGGUGUGGUGACUGAGGUAGACACACAUCCUGCUGUGGCCAACCGCUAUCGUGUCCUGCUGUCUGAAGAAAGACCUUACCCUCUAGAUGAAGAAGAUAGUAGAAGUGCUCCCCAGGCUGUGUGGGUCUCUAGACAAACACUUAGGCUUCUUGUGCCGCCGUGGGACCUGGACUUUCCCUCUAGUGGUACACGAGAAGGAGAAUCUAGUGCUCGAGACAGGGAAGAAAAGCAGGAAGAAAGGGAAGAGAUAGAUGUAGAGCAGGAGGUGCGUCGACUUAGCGGAGGAUUAACCCCUGGAAUAGCAUCAGGGUUGGGAAGGGGGAUGUCCUAUCAAGGAAUAAUUCCUGUUUCUUCAACAUCAGGCCAUAACAUUAGCUCUCAAGUAACUCCAGAAUCUGCUCUUAGUCUGGCAAGUGGCAGAGAGUGGGAAAUUGAGAAUAAUUUUGAACAAGUGAAAAGGGAGAGGGUGCUCCUAAAAAAUCAGAGCAGAGACAGAGAAAGAGAGAACAGCUCAAAGCAAGUGCAGCAGCUUUCACAGCAGCACCAUGCAUACAUGCCGCUUACCCCUGAAGAAGACAUGGAGGUGUCGCACUUUAACAUGGUCCCCAUCAUACCUGGUGCCAAACCCAUGACAGUCCCCCAGCAACGCAACAUUGUUUCUAAGCUCCAGCCUGGCUACCUCAAUACCCACCCAUCUGUGGUGCGGGGCGUUGGGUUUCCCCCCACCCACCUGGCCAUGAACCCUCAUCCUCCACCUGUUCUUAUAGGCAUUGAUCCAGGAAGUGCAGCCAGUGCUGUGAUCGCAACAUCCCAGCUCCCUCCUAUUCCUCCUAUCUCCUCUUGCUCUACAUCCUCCUCCAGAGGAGAAAAGGCAUCAGGGGGAAAUUCUACUGCAGGAGGAGGUCCCAGUUCAACCUCCUCCAGCUCUUCACGCUCCCGUACACCACUCACAGCUGCCCAGCAGAAGUACAAGAAGGGAGAUGUUGUGUGUACACCAACAGGAAUUCGAAAGAAGUUUAAUGGGAAACAGUGGAGAAGACUGUGCUCUCGGGAAGGUUGCUCUAAGGAGUCUCAGCGACGGGGAUACUGCUCUAGACACCUUUCAAUGAAGACAAAGGAAAUGGAGGCUAGUGGAGGUGGGCGGGACAGAAGUGGAGCCAGUAGCACAGGAACUCUGACACCAUCUGACUUGCGACUGAGUGGUGGGAGAGCCAGCUCAGAAUUUGACUGGGAUGAGACGUCACGGGAAAGCAGUGAAGCCAGCAGUCGUGGAGGAGACUCCCGUCCCCGUUUAGUCCUUCCGUCCCUGCUGCCCCAGGACCUUUCUCGUUUCGACUAUGAUGAGUGUGAGGCAGCAUCCAUGCUCGUCUGCUUAGGUGGUUCCCGUUCUGGCACACCUUCAUACUCUCCCAUAUCAAACCAGUCACCCUUUUCUCCAACCCCGUCACCCUCACCCUCUCCACACUUUGGCUUUCGCCCUGCCAAUUUCAGCCCCAUCACUGCUCAUCCUUCACGUCGCCAUCGUCAACCUAGUGGCACUAAGAUUGGUACACCAGGAGGUGAAAGAGAACGGCACCCAUCAGGGAUUGUCCCAUCUUUUCAGACUAACCUCACCUUUUCAGUUCCUAUAAGUCCAAGCAAGAGAAAGCAUGAGACCUAUCCCCCUCCUCUACUGUCUGCAAUCCAGGACUGCCAAACCAAACAGGAACAACAGCAGCUGAUUGGUAUAAGCAGUGGGGUGUUAGGAGACCAGUCUCUUGUCCAUAGUCCUGCAGCCUUCAGAGUCCUUUCCCCUCAGAAUCAGCCCACAACUCCCUCCUCACUCUCCUUCACCCAUCCUCGCAGUGCCACCAGUCGACCUCCAUCCUCUGCUGCCUCCACACCUCCACCCAUGUUGGUUUCCCCUACUCCUUCUCCACUACCCCAAGAACCCUCUCCACGCCGGAUUGUACCGCUCCGUGACUCUCCAGUCAUCGUCCGAAACCCAGACGUCCCUCUGACCAAGUUUUCUGAUGGUCCAUUAGCAAGGCGAGACAGAAGUAGGUCAAGAGAGCGUAACCAGUCACAACAUGCAACAACGAUAGGCUUACAGGCCCCUGUUCCUAUUAAUGGGGCCACCACCAAUGGUGCAGUUCUCCUGCGGAACCCUACAUCAACUCUUGUUCUGGUGACCUCAAGCCCGUCCCUCACUCCAGCCACAGGAGGCCAUGUUGCCAUCUCUACCCCCUCGACUCCUGGGUCCACGUCUGCCUCUUUGGGUUUGACUCUGUCUUCAACUGGUUCUGGAGCAAAGGAGAGGAAACUUGAUGGGCACCAGGACAACUCAGGAGGAGCACUGCCUCAGCCGGUCGCCUGCCAUCCAACACCAACAGCCCUGCUACCGCUCAUCCUCCCAGCUGAGUCGUCUCUCCCUACGCCCCGCAAGCAAAUCAUCAUGGGACGCCCGGGAACUGUGUGGACCAACGUGGAGCCUCGCUCAGUUCCAGUGUUCCCUUGGCACUCUCUGGUCCCUUUCUUGGAGCCCAGCCAGUCGGGAGCGGCCGCCCAGCCCGCCGAUGGCCAGCAGUUCAUCAAUCAGGGCAAAGAACCUCGCUGCGGUGUGGCGCUGCUGAGUGACGGGCGAACCGGGCCUCCAGAUCAAGGAAGAGGAUCACCAUUGUGCCCUCCCUCAACCAAUGACAAUCCUCCUGCUGACAGGGGCGGGGCAGACAGCGAGACGGAGAGUGAUACCGAUGACCCGUUUUCUCCUGGAGUUGCAAACAAUCCAUCUCCAUCCAAUGGACCCAUGAAGAGACGCACUCAGUCGCUCAGUGCCCUGCCGAAGGACGGAGACAAGAAGAGGGAGAAGGAUCACAUCCGUCGCCCGAUGAAUGCAUUCAUGAUUUUCAGCAAGCGCCACCGGGCCUUGGUACACCAGCGGCAUCCCAACCAGGACAACCGCACAGUCAGCAAAAUUCUAGGAGAAUGGUGGUAUGCCCUGGGGCCCAAUGAGAAGCAGCAGUAUCAUGAUCUGGCCUUUAAGGUGAAAGAAGCCCACUUCAAAGCCCACCCGGAUUGGAAAUGGUGCAACAAGGACCGUAGAAAGUCCAUGUCAGAUGGACGUCCCCCCUUUGGUGGAACUCCCAAGGAUGUACGGGAGAGAAGCAUGUCAGAGAGCACAGAUGCUCUCUCUGAGUCUCAGGUGUUGGAGGGGAAGGGUGGAGGCUCGGGGUGGCCUUCAGGAUCAGAGCGUCGUGGUGGGCUGUUUGAGGGCCGGCACCCCCGUCCCAGAGCUUUUUCCCAAAGUGCUGUGCACACCCUGGAGCAGAGGGAAAGAGAAAGAGACCUGGAGAAGGAGGACGGAACAAGUUUGUUCUGUAACCGGCCACUGCUGUACCAAGGUGGAGUCAGCGAGGAUGUGACCAGUGACGAAGAGCGCAUGGUGAUCUGUGAAGAAGAUGGGGAUGAUGAUGUGAUAGAUGAUUCAUGUCCAGAGGGCUCCAUCGAUCUCAAGUGUAAGGAGAGAGUGACGGAUAGCGAUGAAGAUGAACCGGAUGGGCAGCAUGGUUUCCAGCCAGUGGCCCGCUCUUCUCUCCCGUCCUCUUCUCCUUCUAUUCCACACUCCGACUCCUCGUCAGUUAAAGGGAACAGAGAGGAUGGAGGAGGGGGUGGUUCAGAAGACGGGCCAGAGACCAAGAGAGCGAGAGGAGUGGAUGAAAGGGGCGAAGAGAGCCAGGAGGGGCCCAAAAGGAAGGACGUGGGAAGCUUCAGCGGGGAGAGUAGCUCAUCUCUGUCCCCAUCCAUCGCUCAGCCCCCCAUCACUGUGGGAUUUACUCAAUCCCUCAAUGGCGUCCGCAUGGCCCCCACUGUGGUGACCAACGUGGUGCGCCCCAUCGCCAGCACGCCUGUCCCCAUCGCCAGAAAGUCUGUAGAAGGAGCCGUCGCCAUCAGCUCCAUCCCCCAGGACAGGAAAGCUGCUCUUCUGAUGGGCGGAGGUGGAGCUCAGCAGAUGCCAAUCACUACAGGGGGUGGGUACCUGUCCUCAUCCUCCUCCCCUGGUCCUGUCAGUGUAACCCCUGGCGGCUGCCUGGUCACUAACCUAGUUCUGGGAGGGUCCUUCCCCGGCGUGCAGCCAGUACAGCUCAUUACCCCACAAGCUCUGCAGCCACACACCCAAACUCACCCACCCAUCCUGCAGGCCCAGCUCCACCCCACUGCUGCCACACCUCCCACCUACCCCAAGCCACUAGCACAGGUCCAGCAUGUCCUGCCCUCCAAGAGUCCAUCCUCCCCGCAGCUUACUCAUCAGCAAAUCCUCACCAUGCCCGCCCAUGGUGUUCACCCUGGGGUGGGGACCACAGUCAGCCCAGGGACCAGAGCCCAAACCCAGUCGCCGGUCUUGCAGAACAAGAUGCUGGUCCCCAUGGCAACAGUGAGAGCAGGUUCUACUCCUCCUCAGCCGUCCAUUUCUCUCGUGACUCCGCCUCUUCCUGUGCAGAAUGGUACAGCUUCAGGAAAUAAGAUCUUCCAGAUUGCCUCCAUGCCUGUUGUGCAGAGCAAUGUUCACCCAAGCGGCACAGCAGCCGUACAUCCGGGGAGCUCCUUUCCUGUUUCCAUGGCAACAAUGAUGGCUCCCGCUGGGGCACCCCCGCAGAACGUUCUCCUGACCUCCCCACCCACCAGGAUCACCUAUGUCCAGUCCAGCCAAGGGGUAACUACGGCAACGGCCCAACAGGGCACACAGCCUCAAGGACCUCCAUAUCUUCCAACACCUCUUGCAGCUCUGGGCUUUACUGCCAUCGCUCCAGCUGGGCAGGCCCUAGUCCAGCCAAUCGUCGGUCAGCCGCCUCUGCUGGCUCAGGCCCCGCCCCUCAGCUGUCAGUCACAGAUUCCUGCCAGCCAGACAGCUGUAGCUGCAGGUCGUCAGAUUCUCACUGCCAUUUACCCAGCUCCAACUGUUGCCCUGGCAACUGGUGUGGUCUCAGUGUCAGCUGUUCCCCCUGCGUUGGCAGCUCCGGCCCAGGACGUGAAGACCUCUCCCUCCCCUCCAGCCAGUGGCUCCCACCCUAGUAUGGGAAAGGAGGUGGAGGUGAAGCAGGAGAGCCAGCUGGACGCCCUCACUGAGGAUCAAGGGUCAUCGAGCUGCCCCACCAUCUGCACUCUGUCCCCGAGUGCAGUGAAAAAAGAAGAAGAUAUCAAAGAGGAAAACGAGAGAGAUGCUGUUGCUACAAAGGACAAACAGGGUGAGGUGGACGAGGAGCGAGAAAGAGGGAUGAAGGAGAGCAUGGAGAAGAAGAGGCCUAGAGAGACCGAAAGAGAGGACCACAGCAACAACAGCAAAGAGGCUGGACCUCAUUCCCCCCCUCCAACCUCCUCAGGCCUGGAUCCCCCGCCUCCUCCACCAGCAGAAAAAGAAGCUCCUUCAUCCUCAAAAAGGAAUAAAUUUCGACCCCCUCCACUCAAAAAGACUCCUGACUCCAAUGACAAGGUUUUGUCCGAAACAUACUUUGAGGAGCGUUUUGCUGAGCUACCAGAGUUUAAUCCAGAGGAGGUCCUUCCCUCACCCACUUUGCAGAGUUUGGCGACCUCACCCAGAGCCAUCCUGGGAAGUUACCGCAAGAAGAGGCGCAACUCCACCGAUCUGGAGGCAGCAGGUGAGGAGCCGAGCUCUCCCAGAAGAAAGACUCGGCGCUUGUCGAGCUGCAGCUCAGAACCCAACACCCCAAAAAGUGCCGCCAAAUGUGAGGGGGACAUCUUUACCUUUGACAAAGCAGGUCCAGAAUGCGACGUUCCCCAGGGAGACUCGGAGCGGAUUCCCUACUCGUCUCUGCGCAGGACUCUGGAUCAGCGCCGGGCCCUGGUCAUGCAGCUGUUUCAGGAACAUGGCUUUUUCCCCUCUGCUCAGGCUACAGCCGCCUUCCAGGCGCGCUACUCAGACACAUUUCCCACCAAGGUGUGCCUGCAGCUGAAGAUCCGCGAGGUCCGUCAGAAGAUCAUGCAGACGGCCACGCCUGGAACUCUGGAGCCCGGAGGAGGGUUGAUGGAAGCUGGCCCCAUCCCGUCUCACAGCUCCUUACUCAAUCACUCACUGCGAGAGGAUGGGUGCCCGGAGCCGCAGGGAGACAAAAGCCAGAGCUCAGAGGAGCCUAAAAGUGAAGGAUCAUAAAACCAGAUGAGAGGAUCUUGAAGCGGCGAAAAACACAGUGAAAAAAAAAGAUGGAGAGGAAUCAUUCCACUGGUGCUGAUCUCCACCAGACCUGGGCAGAAAUAUUUGGUUACAGAUACACGCAAUUACUUCAGACGCACUUUGAUUGUCUCAUUAGGCCUUUAGAGGAGCCUCAAAGCGGUGGGAUCACAUGCGAGUCCGGAUUAUUUAAGUGCUUCUUUGAUUUGUCCAAACAUCCUGAAUGUUUUUUCUGCUUUCGCCCAGGUCUGCGCUCAGCACACCUGUGCAGUGGUUUGCUGUUUAACACACAAGCUCUGUGGUAAAUCCUUUUUUGGACACACACAUUUAACAAUCCUGGUGCAUAUGUAAUCUCCAGCAAACACACACAUACAUCCUCACUUUUACCAAAUUAGACUGUUACUCUUGGUCAGCUGCCUCCAGGAGCAGCUACCGAGGACCAUGACACACAAAGGCACUUUGUCACUUAUUGUACAGAUGCAGUUUGCUGUUGCCAGCCAGCCAGCCAGCCAGCCCUCAGAUGCCACUGACUUAACCUCCUCCUCGUCCCUUCCACUCCUCAGCACAGUGGUCGGGACGCAAACGCAACACCAACGACCUCCACUGAUAUUCCACAGCCCCUCAAUGCUGCAAGACAGACAGCACACACCUACACAGUACAUGCAGACACAGAUGUGCCAUGCACGGACACGCCUGUGCAGCGUCAGCACUCACACACAGAAAUACUCAACUCUGGUCAGACGAAGCCAUUGGCCUGCACAGUUUCUAGUGAUUGUAGUGAAAAGUGAGAAGGAAAAAGGAAGGACAUGAAUCUGGAUGUAGAGUGACCAAUCUUUGCACCUUCAGUUAUUGCUAUUACGACAGACCUUACUGGCAGGAGCUGAUAAUAUACAUUUGUCUGUAUGUCUGUUGGGGUUACAUCCCCGGAAACCUGUGUGAACAGGCACCAUAAAGAGAUUAUGUAAAGAGACUGUUGGUUGUGAGGUUCGGAAGAAUCAACGUUUAAGGCGACACUGAACGGAGCACAGAGAAAAGAUGGUGGACAAAACUGGACGACGUUCAAAUGGAUGCGACAUUCAUAUUCUGGCGACAGGAAGACGGAAAAAAAAAAGGGUGGACAAGGACAACCGCGACGUGGCAAGAACAGCAAGGAAGAGUAAAAUUCCAGUCAAGCCUCUCUGAAUUUCCUCUGGAUAUGAUGUUGCUUUCUCUCGUUAUCGUGGAAAAUAACCAGUUUUUACCGUGGCCUGUUCUUUCUCUCUCGUGGCUCUAUUGUGUUUCUUCUCCUGCAUAAAAAAUUUGCAACAAAAAAAAACAAAACAAAAAAAAAGACUGAAAAAAGAAGGGGACAAAAGUUUUUUCCGUGUGCUCUCCCCAUCCCUUCCUUCACUCCCUCGGUUGCCCUUCCCUUUCUUCCCCAUUUCUCAGUGGACACAGAAGUGGGGGGCGCAGGAGCAUUUGUUGUUUUAUAAAACGUUGAAAUCAGGUGUUUGCACAAUUCGUGCGGCCCUUCCUGAGGAGGGCCGCCGCAAGUUCAAUCAGGAAAGUAUUGUUUUUAGAGAUUGUUUUAGUAGUUAAAUAAUAACCUUGUUCUCUACAUGUCAUUUUCCCUCCUCCCUUUGAUCCCCCCCAAAAAGUGUUAGGAAGUGCCCUUAAGCACUGGUCCGGGUCAAGCGCUAUGUAGCUCAGGAUGGUUGUUGGUUAGGGUUAGUUCAGGGAAAGCAGAUCCUAGACCAGCCCUGGAGGGCAGUCUCCGCAGCCCUCGCCCCAGUCUCUACCCCUCCUCCCCUUUAGUUUCGUCACUUUAUCCUUUCCCAUCAAAUGGUGCAAUAGGACAUCUAUUUCUUUUGAAAAUGGGUGGGUUAUUUUGUUUUAUUUUUGUGGGGUAUGGGGCAAGGCUCUGUGCCAUAGUUUUUCAAUUUCAUGCAGUCAGUCAGCAUGAGGGAUGAGCGGUUGUGAAACGCUCUUUACCAUUAAAAAUAAAGAAAAUCACAUCACAUGUCAUUCUCGAAGAGGUAGAAAUUUAACUUACUAAAAGUCAAAUUUUGAAUAGCACUUUUUGGCUCUUUGCUUCUUUGGCGAAGAGUGGGGGUAGUUAUUAUUGUGGAUAUAUCUUUUAUUUCACUGUAUACAGUUGGAUGUGUGGAAAUAUAUACAAAUAUAUAUACUGGUAUUUCCAUAUUUGUGCAUUUAGGUCUGUGUUUUGGUGUGUGUGUAUGUGUGUAUGUUUUGGCACAUGCAGGCAGCGUGUUAACACAAUCAACCUCUUCUCUCACCACGCAGAAACAUUAUUAAAAUAUAUAUUUUCAUUGCAUUCUAUAUUCUACUCAAGAGACAGUAUUUUUAUAGUCACCAUGACUAAGUUGUUGACCAUUCUGACUGUUAUCAAACACAGUUUGUUCAGGAUAUAUAUAUAAAAAAUACCUGUAUAUAUUUAAGAGAUAUUCAGGAUAUACAAGUAAUACAUAAAUACACAAAUGCACAGGUAAUUAAAUGCUAUUAUUUUCAUCACUAUGGGGUAAGUUAGGGCUGUAAAGUUGUAAAUCUGCAUGCAUGUGCAAUCACAUGCACACACGCACAGGGCCACAUAGACAUUUGUGCAUACACACAUAUGUAUGCGUGUACACUGUAUGAUUGUGCUUAAAAUAAACUGUCCUUACUUUGGAGAAGGAACUUUAGGAUGAGCAAGCUGAUUGUUAUCUCAUAAGCAGGCAUGUUGACCAUGUGCAAUAUUUCUAAACAACAAAAAAAAAGUAAAUAUUGAAAAUAUUAAAGAUCUAACAACACAA